AUGAUAAGCAGUAUUUAUGAUUCCAUCAGCUCAGGUUCAAAGAUACUGCCGUAUCGUAUACAAAAUGAAUUAGCACCAUUGCAUAAAAUUGCAUCGCUGGAAUUAUCCUUGGAAGUGGACACUGAAGAUGCCUUGUUCGAGCCGAUCACAAGACAUCAAGUUACUUUUGAGGAGUGUUCACUUAUCCCGUUACGUUGUGCAUUGCUGGAUCGAUAUUGUCCGGAAUUCCAGGAUACAAUAUCACAACACUGCAAUGGAGAGGUAAGGGCAGUUUUGUUAUUGCGAAAGAAAAAUUAA